CUUGGGUUUAAGCUGGUUUGCCCAGAUUCAGUAUUCUUCACAAAUUUUCUCCCGAAAAUUGUUGUUUGACCAUGGUUUGUUUGGUUUCUCGAACGGGAAGGCACUUGCAGCGAUACGAUAGCCUCGGCCGCCGCCAAGUUGUCGGGUGCAUCCCGUACAGAUACAAAGGUAACAAUGAUGGAACAUUGAACAGUGAGUUGGAGGUUCUUGUAAUCUCCUCACAAAAAUGCCAGAAAAUGAUGUUCCCUAAGGGUGGUUGGGAACUUGAUGAAUCUAGAGAAGAAGCUGCUUUAAGAGAGUCAAUCGAAGAAGCUGGUGUCAUAGGCAAGGUUGAGUGCGAACUGGGCAAAUGGGACUUUUUGAGCAAACGCCAUGGCACAUUCUAUGAAGGGUACAUGUUCCCUUUGCUUGUCAAGGAGGAACUUGCUUUCUGGCCGGAGCAAAAUCUCCGAAAACGAACUUGGAUGAAUGUGAAAGAAGCAAGGGCUGUGUGCCAACAUUGGUGGAUGAAGGAGGCCUUAGACGUACUGGUUGAAAGGCUGGGGUCCCUGCAGCAACAAAAUAUCACAAGUUGUUUGUAGAUAGGGGCAUUUUUA